AGUCUGACCUGUGCUGACCUCCGGUGGCACCGCGCGGGCACGUGUGAAAGAUGCAGACGUUCCUGAAAGGGAAGCGGGUCGGGUAUUGGAUGAGCGAGAAGAAGAUCAAAAAGCUCAACUUCCAAGGCUUCGCCGACUUGUGCAGGAAAAGAGGAAUUGAAGUCGUACUUCUUAAUUUGUCCAAACCCAUCGAGGACCAGGGCCCGCUGGAUGUCAUCAUCCACAAGCUAACGGACGUCAUUCUCGAGGCCGACCAGAACGACAGCGAGGCCGUGCAGCUGGUGCAGAGGUUCCAGGACUAUAUUGAUGCCCACCCGGAAACCAUCAUUUUGGACCCUUUACCCGCAAUCCGCACCCUGCUGGACCGCUCCAAGUCUUACGAGCUCAUUCGCAGGAUCGAGUCCUACAUGCAAGAUGAGAGAUUAUGUUCUCCCCCCUUCAUGGAGCUUUCUAAGGAAUGUGGAGACGACACGCUGACGGUGAUCGAGCAGAAUGGUCUGGCCUUCCCAUUCAUCUGCAAGACCAGGGUGGCUCAUGGCACCAACUCACACGAGAUGGCAAUCAUAUUCAAUAAGGAGGGUCUUCGGAGGAUACAGCCCCCCUGCGUCAUCCAGAGCUUCAUCAGCCAUAACGCCGUACUUUAUAAAGUCUUUGUGGUGGGCGAUUCGUACACGGUUGUGGAGCGGCCAUCACUGAAGAACUUUUCUCUGGGAUCAUCAGACAGAGAAUCCAUAUUCUUCAACAGCCACAAUGUGUCCAAGCCGGAGUCGUCGUCGGUCCUGACAGAGCUGGACAAAGUGGAAGGGGUGUUUGAGCGGCCCAUUGAUGACGUCAUCCGCGCCAUCUCCAAGGCUCUGCGGCAAGCUCUGGGGAUCUCCCUGUUCGGCAUCGAUAUCAUCAUCAACAACAAGAGCGGCCAGCACGCGGUCAUCGACAUUAAUGCAUUCCCAGGAUACGAAGGCGUCCCGGAGUUUUUCGGGGACCUCUUGAACCACAUCGCUGCCCUCCUUCAGCGCCCGGAACCCAACGCCAAUAAACCUCAGUCGGAGCAGACCAGCGGCAUCCUGGGAGAUCGCCUGUGCUGCGCCCCCGCCAGACUAGAGCCCUGGGGGGUGGAGAACGACGCCAGCGGAGCCGUCAAGCUACAAAGCCAGAGACUAGCGUGCAACUCCGCCGUAUCCACCAGCUUCCAGCAGCACUGCGUGGCGUCCUUGGCGACCAAGGCUUCGUCUCAAUAACCUCCUGCGAGGGACACUGGACGCAGCGAGGAGAAGCUGGGUGAUUUCAGGGGGCAGGGGGAGG